AUGGCCGCCUCGUCUACAGUUCACAGCACGAUCCGUCGGCUGAUCGACAAUCUGGUGCACAUCCACGACUCGACGGGCAAAUUCCUGCUGCACCUGCCCGACGGGCGGAUCAUCGACACCAAAUCAUGGGCCGGGUGGGAAUGGACGCACGGGAUCGGGCUGUACGGGAUCUGGAAGUACUACGAGGUGACGGGCGAGGCGAGCCUGCUGGCAACGAUCGAGGAAUGGUUCGCGGCGCGGUUCGCCGAGGGGGGCACGACGAAAAACAUCAACACGAUGGCCGUGUUCCUGACGCUCGCGUACGUGUACGAGAAGACCGGGAAGCCGACGUAUCUGCCCUGGUUGGAGGCGUGGGGGGAAUGGGCCAUGUACGACCUGCCGCGCACCGAGUACGGGGGCAUGCAGCACGUCACGUAUGUGAGCGAGCACAGGCAGAACCUGUGGGACGACACUCUGAUGAUGACGGUGCUGCCGUUGGCGAAGAUCGGGAAACUGCUCGGGCGGAAGGAGUAUGUCGAGGAGGCAAAGAAGCAGAUGCUCAUCCACAUCAAGUACCUGGUCGACACGCGGACCGGGCUGUUCUACCACGGCUGGACAUUCGAGGACGGGGGCCACAACUUCGCAAGGGCCCUGUGGGCAAGGGGGAACAGCUGGAUCACCAUCGUCAUCCCGGAGAUGAUCGAACUGCUCGACCUGCCGCGCGGGGAUCCCCUGCGCUCCUAUCUGCAAGAUACGCUCGAGGCGCAGUGCCGUGCCCUGCGUGGCUUCCAGGAUCCGUCGGGAUAUUGGCGCACGCUGAUCGACCAGACCGACGAGGGCUCGUACGUCGAAGCCUCCGCCACGGCCGGGUUCGCGUUUGGGAUCCUCAAGGCCCAGCGCCGACGCUAUAUUGGCCCGCAGUACCGCGACACGGCCGACAGGGCCAUCGCCGCCGUCCUGAGUGCCGUCGACGACCACGGCGAGCUGCAGCACACCAGUUUCGGCACGGGCAUGGGCCACGAUCUCGACCAUUACCGCGACAUCCCCUUGACCUCUAUGCCGUACGGGCAGGCGAUGGCCAUUAUGGCGUUGGUUGAGUAUCUGCGUACCUAUUUAUAG